GCAUGAGGACAUCCUGCACCUUUCCCUCCACUGUCUAAAGUCGACACACACACACACACACACAAAAGAGUCGCCAUCAGCCACCAUGCCUGCAGACUUCAGUGGGAAAUGGAUACUGGAAACCAGUGAUCAAUUUGAGGAGUAUUUGAAAGUGUUGGAUAUUGACUUUGCUACAAGGAAAAUUGCCAUCUCCCUGUCUCAGACUAAAGUGGUAGUCCAAGAUGGAGACAAGUUUGACUUCAAAACGCUGAGCACCUUCAGGAAUUAUGACCUCGCCUUUACUGUAGGGCUCGAGUUCGACGAGUACACCAAGGGACUAGACAACAGAAACAUCAAGUGUCUGGUGACCUGGGAGGGAGACAAGCUGGUGUGCACUCAGAAAGGAGAGAAGGCCAACCGUGGCUGGAAGCACUGGAUCGUGGGAGACAAACUCUACCUGGAGCUGACGUGUGGAGAUGUAGUUUGUCUUCAGGUGUUCAAGAGAAAAUAAUAAAGGAUGAAUAGCUGUUUUUGUUUUCAUUUGCUCGGUUAACAAGGUCUUUGUUUGCUCCUCAAUAACAUGUUUUCCCAAACGUAUGAACAAAAUGAAUAAAGAUGCUUUUCAGACAUA